CUGUCAAGCACUAAUCAGCUGGCAGCUGUUGUCAAAUUUGACAAUCAGAAAUGAGUAAUUUACGGUGUUUUAAUGGGAAUUACCACUUAAAUUAGAUCUCUAUUGGGUAAUUCGUGGCAUUGUUUACAUUUACAUAAAAUAAUGAUUUAAUUAUCAGUAUUCACAUGAUAUCAAACAAAAACAAUGUCAGCAAGAGUGAAUAUGAGGCCUAGCAGCAAAAAUACGCUGUUGAAAGUUGUAAUAUUGGGGGAUGGUGGUGUUGGGAAAAGCUGCUUGAUGAAUAGGUUCGUUUCUAAUCAAUUCGACGAGCAUUCCUUCCAUACAAUCGGCGUCGAGUUUUUAAAUAAGGACAUUGACGUGAACGGAGACACUUACACUCUACAGAUUUGGGAUACGGCAGGUCAGGAGAGGUUUAAAACGUUGAGAACUCCUUUCUACAGGGGCAGCGAUGUUUGUUUGUUGACUUACUCGAUUGAUGAUAAGUCCAGCUUUCGCAACCUGGAGAUGUGGAAGGAUGAAUUUCUCCAUUACGCUGAUAUUAGGGAAAACUCUCAGUUUCCCUUCAUUGUUGUAGGCAACAAAUCAGAUAUCUCGGGGGCCCAGAGGGAAGUCUCCGAGACCGAAAGGGAGACUUGGUGCAACGAAAAUAACAUCACAGCAUCCAUCGAAACCUCAGCGAAAGAUGCAAGUAACGUCCAUGAAGCUUUCAGACUGGCCGUGCAACAAUGGAUAAAGUUGGAGAUGAGGGCGGAUAGGAGUGAAACUCCCUACAACGAUACCGUAGAUCUGAAACAGAGACAAUCGGGAAGUAGAACUUCUUGCUGUUCCGGAGGCGAUGAUUGAGGCUUAUUUGAGGUUAGGUUGUUACUUUUACACUUCUCGGAAGGCACAAUUGUGGAUAACUACCAGUGAUUUUUUAUUACCAAUGAUAUUCCAACUGGAUUAUUUUUAUAAGUAAUAUUUUAGUUAGAACUUGUAUUUAUUAGUUUACAUAUUAUUUACACUGUUAGUAAUAUUUUUAAAGAAAUGAAAAACCCAAUUGUGUUGGGUUUUCUCAAGAGGGAGGCCGCGUGUAUUGUUUAAAAAGGAAUUUUUUUUUAGCAAUCUGCUCAAAAUGAAUUUCAAGAUGUUUGUUCGGGAAUUGAUGCUGGCACAGCUCUACUUACAGUGGGCCAAAAGAAUAUCAAACAAUUAGCAAAUUUCGUUAGGUUAUAUCGGUAUUCUCGAAUUUCCUAUCUUUUUCACCAUAUUUCGAAGUGAUUUUUCUUGUGAUUUUUUCCAAAAUUUUAUUUUCAUUAAAAGCAAGUAUUUACAUAUUAUUUAAAAUUCGCAUUUAUUGAUUAGAUAAGUUGUCAAGAUCGUCACAAUUUUAAAGUUCACCUACUUAAGUCUUAUCAGAAACAUUUAUGGUGCUUAUAUUUUUAUCAAACGUUAAAGUUUCCUUUUUUCGGUUAAUCUUACAUAUAAUAAAUAUUUUAUAUUUACCAAUUUUGAUACCAUUUAAUUAGUUCAGUAAUAAGGAAGUGAAGGCUCAGAUAAUACACAAUCUCAUGCUCUUUCGACCUUUUGGAAGAAAUCGGAGAGAGAGCAAUGUAUUAAAAUUAAGGAAUUGCGAAAAAUUCUCAACAUUCCAAAGCGAUAUCCUUUUCAGUAGUGAAAAAUUUCAUGUUUCGAUAUCGAAACGAAAGUUUUUGUAUUAACUAAAAACCAGCAUUUUUUGUUCUUCUUCAACAGUAUUAUUUUGGUAAUUGGCAUUCCAACUAUGAUGAAAUUUUUAUGCAUAUUUAUUUCGACUCUGUUUGCUUUGUCUUUGAGGUGAGGAACUUAUGUUGGUGCUUGAAUAGAUGGAUACUUGAAAUUAUAGCGAAAUUACUGGAACGCUUAAUGUUGCAAUAAAUCUGUAUUUUACUAAUAAAAUAAUUAUUUAUA